UGUGACAAAAGUGGGAGGGGAGGGAGGGAAGCAGGAAUUGUGCAUCAGGAGAGAAUACUGCAGCUUUCUCACUUUCUGCACAUACAUACAGACACACACAUCUUCAGAUGAACUGAAUCAUGAGGCUCUAAGUACACACACACACACACACACACCAGAGCAGCAUCACUGCUGCAGCACAGACUCAGAUUCGCAUUUGUCUCAGACACACACACACACACGUGCUGCAGGGAAGAUCUGAGUGUUGCUGAGCAUUCAGGUCUCCCCCUCUAUCACCACCACCACCCUCUUCCUCCUCCAUCCUCCUCCGGCUCUCUGUUCACCUUGUCUGUUCCGGCUGUGUGGUUUGUUGUUGCGUCAGAGCCAAGGAGAGCCAGGGAGAAGCAUGCCAGGGGAGAGCACUCACAGAUCUGUGCCCAACGACAAGCAUCACGAGCAGGAGGCCGAGGAGACGGGGCUCCCCGGACCAGACAUAACCAGACACCCAUCUACUGACUCCACGCCGAGUGACAGUGGCUCCUCCCCUAAUGAUAGUGGAUCUACCCCUUCUCCCAGUACGCCUCAGAAGCUGCUCCCAACAUGCACUUCUCCGUUUGGACCACGAUUAUUUCAUGCAACAUCCAGCAAUUCUGCUACUCCAAGACCUCAACCCGAAGGGUCUGACUACCGAAACAGCUCACCCAGACUCUCUGGAAAAUUAGGCGGUCAUGGACCUUGUGGCCGUCAUGUCCCUCUAAAAAUGGAAAGAAUCAAGGUCCUGACUGGUUCAGAAGUGGAGAGUGACUAUAAGGAGCCACAAACCAUUGACACAAGGGUGGUGAUGGGAGAGGAGACACUGCUCAAAACAGAUAUCCAGAAAGAAAAAACCCUGGUUGAGCUGAGUGGUCAAACGAUGACAGCACCUUCAAGCUCAGGCUUUUCAGAGUCUCAGUCACAUGCUGCAGAGAUCCAAACGGAAAACAACAAGCAAGGAACCACAGUCCAAACCCUUCAGAAACAACAGGGUACACAAAAAGACACUGGACAGUCACCGAAUAGAGUCCCUUCUCCUUUUGACAUGCCUGUCUGCUCUUCCUUCCCUCAACAGCCAGUCACCAAUGAAAAAGUCUUGAUGGACAACCAGGAUGAGGGUCAAACUGACUCUCAUGAUGAAGUGCCUUCCCUGUCUUUGCCUGAGCUUCCCUGUCCAGUGGAGUUGUCCUUUUCAGAGCCAGCCUGUGCUGUUGACCCACUACGAGUAGGUGUGCCCACAUCUCUUGACCCUGACCUCUACUACACUGCCCCUUCCACCCCAAUCAAGAUGGCUUCCUGCUCCUCGCACCUUAAGCAUCAUUCAUAUCCUGGCUCUCCAGCCUACCUAGGCUCUCCAUCAGACAGUGAGGAUCUUUGUUCCCCACUCACCUCUCCAUCUGGCUCUUAUAUCACAGCAGAGGGAGGGAGCUGGACCUCCUCUUACACUUCCUCGACUUCUCCCUCUACUUCUCCCAAUUUGCUCCUCAUAGAUGAAGCACAGGAGGCUCCAGCAUGCUUUGUGGGCUCCUUAUCAGAAAUUGGCGAUGAGGUUGCAGAGGAAAAGGGACGAGGAGGUGCAGAACAAGAGGAGGUGAAACCAGAAGACUUCUGCGUGACUGAGGAAGAUUGUGUUAUGAGUUCACAGAUGGGGGUUACAGAAAGAGCGAUCUUAGAGAAGGAAGAGGUUCUUAACAGAGAAGAAAUCAAACUUUCCAGAGAAAGUUGUCGUCCUCAUUGGGUGACUGAGGACGUGUCCUCUCUUAGGAGCAGUAGCAGCCGGAGCAGUGACUCACAGGAGGAUGGAGGGGGAUCUGAAAGCUCACUCUACACAAUGGAAGAGGCAAUUGAAGGGAGUCUGGAGUGCUCGAGACCCAUUCAAUCAGGCCUAAAUCUGCAGUUGGGGGCAUGUGUACCAGAGGAACAUUAUGGACAGAUAGACGACCACUCAGAGCUAGCCUCAACCUCCUUGACUCCUGACAUUGACAACUUGUCCAUGGCAUCAACUAGCCUAGGCCCUGAUUCACCCAUCACCCCCAUGGAUAUAUUCUGUCGUGGAGCAUUUGACAGGCUCGGUCAAGGUUCUUUUGUUUUCUCCCAGGGAACCUGUGUUGAUGAUAUUCCAGAGGAAGAAAGAAUGAUCCCAGCCUCUCUAAUUUCCUUUCCUCUCCACACCAGUCUCAUCUUUAAGGCAGAUUCAAUGGACAUUACCCUGUUCCCUGCAGAGGAAGAAGAUGAGAAAGAAAGGGAGGCAAACAAUGAAAACGACGGCAAGGAUGUUGACGCUUAUGCGGCAGGAGAGGAAGAAGCAGAUGUCGAAGAUGAUGAUGAUGAUGAUAUCGACGAUGAUGAUGAUGAUUUUGACGGUGAUGGUGAUGGCGAUGUUGACAAUGCUUAUGCUGAUGACGAAGGUGGUAUCGAAGUUGCUGGUAAGGAAACUAAGGUAGAAGUUCAAGUAAUAGAAGAAGAAGAGCAGGAAGAGGAUGAUGAGGACUGUGAUAGCAACACAGUGGAGGAUCUCACAGAUGAAGACAGCUCUGCAUCCUUCCUUCAUUCACUUUCAGACACAUCCAUCAAUGAGGGUUUGGAUGAGUCCUUCUGUUUUGAAGAUGACACAGAUGACUCACUAGAAUCUGCCUCCUAUAAUGGUGAUGAAGAUGAGCGUCUGUACAGCACUGAGAGACAUGCGCAGGCACUAGAACCCACACAGGUGGAUGCACCUACGCUUGCUGAAAUCCGUACAGAAUCUGACCAGGGGCCUCCCCUUGGAAUAGAUCAAACACAACAUUUGGACAUGCACUUGAGCACAGAUCACCCCCAAACACCAAGUCCUUCUGAAGUCAGUGCCGCUUUACCUAAAGGCAGCCAUGUAGAACUUGAAGCUGUUGGUGCACCUGAUAUCUCUGAACUCCAGUCAGACCUUUUACAAUCUGGCAGUCAGACAGAACAAGCAGGACCUUUGGGCAUUCAACUCAGGUCAGAUAAACCAAUAGAUGACCAAGAAGUGCCCUGUUUUGCAGAAUCUGUUUCUGGCCAACUAGAAGUUGGGCCGACAAGUAGGAUAGAUAUCUCUGGCUUGUCAAACCCUCCUGGCCACCCUAAAGAUAACCCUGAUUUCAAUGCUCCUACUGCUCCCCUGGGUAUUCAUGCUGCAGUAUGUCCCACAAGUGAAAUCCACACUGCUGAUCCUUCUACUACCUUUAGCAAUGCCACUGGGGAGACAAAAGACAUUGAUAACUUGGUUGUUUUAGAAGAAAUUAAACCAGGAAUUGUUGAAGAAAACACUCACCAGAAAGAUGUAGAUGUGAAAGAAAGUAAAUCACCGGACUGA